AUGUCCAUCUCAAGGAAAACCACCGAUCUGGAGGCCAGGGACAGGUUUAGGAUCUCCGUGGAUGAUCUGGGCGCGCUUCAUGACCCUAAAUCCCUGAUAAAGCUCCAGGAGCUCGGAGGCAUAGACGCCCUCGUGUCAGGGCUGGCCACCGACGAGGCUAGAGGCUUGUCCAAGGAUAUUCCUCAGCCAGAGCUCAAACAACGGCAGCAUGUUUAUGGAGUCAACGUGCUUCCCAAGAAGUCUAGCAAAUCGUUUUUGCGGUUGUGUUGGGAGGCUUUGAAGGACAAGAUUCUGAUCAUGCUGACCGUUGCAGCCAUUGUGUCUUUGGCACUGGGUCUCUACGAAACCUUCGGUCAACCUCCUGAAUACGACGACGAGGGCAAACCCCUGCCUAAAGUCGAGUGGGUGGAAGGUGUGGCCAUCAUUGUGGCCAUAGCCAUCGUUGUGAUCGUGGGAUCUGUCAACGACUACAAUAAAGAGAGACAAUUCUCGAAGCUGAAUGCCAAAAAAGACGACCGUAAUGUGAUCGUUUACAGGUCAGGAGAAAAGCAAUUCAUACCCAUCGGACAGCUUCUGGUGGGAGACCUGAUAUAUGUGGAAACGGGCGAAGUUGUUCCAGCAGACUCGGUCUUGGUUUCCGGAGAGUGUGAGUGCGAUGAAAGCUCUCUUACAGGUGAAACACAUGCCAUUCGCAAAAUUCCUGCAGCUUACGCAUUAGAGCGUUACAAGGCUCUUGGCAACGCAACCAAGGACAUUGGUGACAAAGGCGUUGAUGAUCCGAUGCUGAUAUCGGGCGCAAAGCUGAUCUCUGGCCAGGGAAAAGCCGUUGUGACUGCUGUUGGCACGAAUUCCAUGCACGGGAAAAUUAUGAUGUCGCUUCGUCACGAGUCAGAAGAAACUCCACUGCAAGCAAGACUUUCGCACUUGGCAGACGGUAUUGCCAGAUUCGGAUUCUUGGCAGCCAUUAUACUGUUUGUUGUGUUGUUCAUCAAGUUCUGUGUGAAGCUGGGAACCGAUUAUAAGAAUCUCACGGGUGCGCAGAAGGGCACGAAGUUUUUGAACAUUCUUAUCACGGCCAUCACGAUCAUUGUUGUGGCUGUGCCGGAAGGCCUUCCUUUGGCUGUGACGUUGGCGCUUGCUUUUGCAACUACACGGAUGACUAAGGACGGCAAUCUGGUGCGUGUUCUGAAAAGUUGUGAAACUAUGGGAGGCGCGACAGCGAUCUGCUCCGACAAGACCGGAACGCUUACAGAGAACAGAAUGCGCGUUGUCAAGGGUUUCAUAGGCGACAGUGAUUUUGAUUACACUGUUUCAAGGGCAAAUGGCCAGACUAACGUUGAGACUAUCAGCGACAAUUUGAAGAUUAGCUUGCUCGACAAUAUCUUGCUUAACUCAACGGCUUUCGAAGCUAGCAAGGAAGAGCAAAGUUCUCAUGUCCAGAAGAAAGGCUUGUUUAAGAAAGGGAGCAAGCCCCCAAAACCAAAGCUUGAAGAGCCGUUUGUUGGCUCCAAGACAGAGUGUGCUUUACUUCUUCUUGCUCAAGAUCGGUUUAAUGCAAUCAACGAAACCACGCCGCUGGAGCUCAUUAGGGAGCAAUCGCAACACCGCAUAGUCCAGAUCAUUCCUUUUGAGUCUUCGCGUAAAUGGGGUGGGAUUGUGGUCAAGACUAGCUCCGGCUACAGAUUCUACAUCAAGGGCGCUUCUGAGCUGGUUUUUUCCAGAUGUACAGCUAGAACUACUUCGGACGGUAAGAUAGUUCCGAUUACCAGCGCCAUCAAGGAGGAAAUCACGUCUAAGAUCACCAAUCUUGCAGAGCACGCUCUUCGGACACUCUGUCUUGCUCACUGCGACUUCGAAGGAUUGGAGUCGUGGCCUCCUGCCAGUAUGGCCAAGUCAGAUAACAGAAGAGAAGCUGAUCCGAAUUUGCUUUUCGGGGAGGCAGUUGAAAUACUGGCCAACGAUGCCAACGCUGCAGCUGCGCAAAACACCAAUCUUCCAAAAAUCGUUAUUGGUGAGGAGACCACAGCAAAGCGCGAGGGACUGGUUUUGGACUCCCUGGUGGGUAUCCAGGACCCUCUUAGAGAAGGUGUCAAGGAAGCUGUUGCCAAAUGUGGAACUGCAGGUGUCCGUGUGAGGAUGGUUACUGGUGACAACAUUUUGACUGCUCGUGCCAUUGCCAGAAAUUGCGGAAUUCUCAAUGAAGAAACAUUCAACGAUCCAACAGCAUGCAUGGAGGGUCCUGUUUUCCGGACCUUGAGCCCACGAGAGCGCAUCAAUAUUGUUCCCAAGCUCUGCGUGCUGGCUCGGUCCAGUCCUGAGGACAAGCGGAUUUUGGUUGACACUCUGAGAAGUCAGGGAGAAGUUGUUGCGGUGACCGGAGACGGCACCAACGAUGCACCUGCACUGAAACUCGCGGACGUUGGUUUUUCCAUGGGUAUUGCAGGUACCGAAGUCGCCAGAGAAGCUUCUGAUAUUAUUCUGACAACGGACGAUUUCUCAUCCAUCGUUAAUGCCAUCAAAUGGGGAAGAACCGUCGCAACUUCUAUUCGAAAGUUUGUUCAAUUCCAGCUCACAGUCAACGUCACCGCUGUCGCCUUAACGUUCAUAUCUGCCGUCGCAUCGUCGGACGACAGCUCAGUUUUGACUGCCGUCCAAUUGCUAUGGGUGAACCUUAUCAUGGAUACUCUGGCUGCCUUAGCUCUCGCCACAGAUAAGCCGGAUGAAGAUAUAUUGAAUAGAAAGCCAGCCGGUCGCCACGCUCCUCUGAUUUCCACAUCUAUGUGGAAGAUGAUUCUGGGACAGUCUGUUGUUCAGUUGGUGAUCACUUUUGUGCUCCAUUUUGCAGGAGCCAAAAUAUUCUUCCCCGACGGUCAUGUGAACGAUCACCAGGCGACUCAGAUCGCUGCUAUGACUUUCAAUACUUUUGUCUGGUUACAAUUCUUCAACCUCUUUCUGACACGGAAACUGGAUGAGGGUGACGGAAUCACAAAAGUGAGGGACCGCAUUACUCGCUCAAAUUUGGACUUCACACAACAUUUCUUUAGCAAUUGGUAUUUCAUCACCAUUGCAGCAAUCAUCGGUGGAUUCCAGGUCCUCAUCAUGUACGUGGGAGGUGCCGCUUUCAGCAUUGCAAGACAAACAGGUGCGAUGUGGGGGACUGCCGUUAUUUGUGGUCUGCUCUCGCUUCCAGCAGGCAUCAUCAUCAGAAUAAUUCCCGACAUUUGGGUGGAAAGAAUAUUCCCUACAAGGGCUUUCAACAGAAUGAUCUCCUUACUGACUUUCAAGAGAAAGAAGAGGUCACAUUCGGAGAUAGAGUCUGAGUCCUCUGAUUCUCAAGAUGAAAACGAAAAUAUACUAAGUGUGUCCCAUAUCAAACAUAUCAGCGGUAGAUCCAGGUCCUCCACGUCCACGGACACAUCUGUUGUUUCGCAAACGACUGACAACACCCUAUUCUCUCAAAAUGAUAGCAGAUUCACAGCGCAUUCCCAGGAUUUAUAG